GCGGCCUGACGGCUUCAUGAUUCUUUGUCCCCCGCUCAUGAGCCCCAGAAAGUGAACGCCAGCUGACGGCAACUGCAGAGGUUUCACCUGGUGGACGCGUUCGCCAUGUUCAGCGUCACCUUGGUCUGUGGGCGUCACGUGCUGCUGCCGGGGGCCUUCGACGCAGAGAAGACGCUGGAGGUCUUGGCCACGAAAAACAUCACUGCAACGAACAUGGCCACCUCCAUGGUGAAUCUGCUGCUGGCCGCCCCCGCCAGCCGCUCUUUGGACGGGCGCUUCCCUUGCCUGCGCCUGGUGUCCUGCGGGGGCGCGCCCCUGGGCCACUCGGCGCUGCUGAGGGCGCAGCGCCUAUUCGGCUCUGAGUUCUUCCAGUCCUACGGCAUGACGGAGUGCUGCGGCAAGAUCUCCAUGUCAAUGCUGAGUGGCUCGCAGCGCGGGGCGCCGCUGGGCCGGCAGAUGGCGAUGCUGUGCUCCUCGGGGAAGCCCUUCGAGGGCUUGGAGGUGCGGGUGGCGGACCCAGAGACCGGCGAGCCGGUGCCCUGGGAUGGCCGGACUGUGGGGGAGGUGCAGAUCAGAGGGCCCACGGUCUUCAAGGGCUACCUCAAGCCAGGCGAGGGCAAGGUGCAGCCGGAUCCCGAGCACUUCCUGCCUGAGGGCUGGUUCCGGACUGGGGACCUGGCCACCAUGUCGAGCCUGGGCUUCCUGCAGGUCAUUGACCGCCUCAAGGACAUGAUCCUGGUGGGCUCGGAGAAUGUGUACUGCAUUGAGGUGGAGAAUGCGCUCACGGCGCACCCGGCCGUGGCGCUGUGCUCGGUGUACGGGGUGCCGGGGCCCGAGAUGAUCGGGGAGUUGGUGAAGGCCGUGGUGCUGCUCAAGCAGGGCGCGCCGCGGCCAAGCCUCGAGGAGUUCCAGCAGUUCUGCGGGAAGUUGUUGGCCGACUUCAAGCUCCCCCGCAUCAUCGAUGUGGUGGAGUCCUUGCCCCUCAACAGCUCAGGCAAGGUCAUCAAGUCGGAGUUGAAGAAAAGGGACCGGGAAGCUGCGGCUCCGGAGGAGGCUGGCGAGGGGGAUGACGCUGUGAGCGAGCAUUGUUAUGAGGUUGCUUGGAAAAGCAAGUUCCUGAGCCCUUCAAGCGGCAAGCCGGGCUCUUGUGGGCAGUGGCUGGUGCUCUCAGCUGGCUCUGAUGAAGUCCCCGUCUCCCCUGCACUGCUGGGCGCUGUGUCUGAGCACUUUCGCAACUACAGCGCGGGGGGUGCCGUCGGCACAUGCUCCUUGGGAGAUGUGCCCUGCAUCUCGGACUUUGGAGGUUUGGAGGCACCUGCCGGCAUUUGCCUGCUGGUUCCAGGGGCCGACGGCGAAGGCGACAAGGUGCGAAUGGCUGUGCAGCGGGGCCUUUGUUGCCUCAUGGCUGUGGUGCGGGCGGCGGAGGCCAGGCAGAUAGGGAGCAUCCUGUUGGUCGCGCAGCACUCCAAGGAUGCGCCAGUGAUCGAAGGCCAGCCCUUGCCCCGAGAUCCUGCUGUGGCUGCCUGCUGGGCGUUUGUCAGGGCAGCAGCUGCAGAGUCCAAUAUCUCGUGGCGCUUGGUGGAACUCUGCGGCCAUGCCUCGCCCGGCGAUGCGGCAGGCGCCAUUGUUUCUGAAGCGGAGGCCACCUGUUUGAGUGAGCCAGCGGAGCGAGCUGAGGAGGUUGCAUGGGUGCAGGGCCGUCGGUAUGUCCCACGCCUGCAGCAAUUGGAGCAGGUGCCGGAGUUGAGCAAGCAGUUGCCCCGGGCUGGCUACAUCGGGGCAGCCGGAGAUGCUUCUAGCUGCAUUAUUGCAGGGGGGAACGGCAGCUUGGGUCGCUUGCUGGUGUCCUGCCUUGCGCAGUGCGGUCAGCUGAAAGACCUUGUGAUUGUGGGGCGGAAGGUUGGCAACAAAGCCUCCUUCGGAGCGGAGGUUGAGAAAUCUUCCUGCAAUCUCCAAUUCUUUUCCGCGGACACUGGGGACCUUGACAGCUGCAAAGGGUUGAUGAAACAUGUGCAAACAAAUGCGGCAACUUGCUCGCACGUCCUGAACUUGGCUGGCUUCCUGCCGGAGAGCGGAAUGGUCCCCUUGGCCAAGGACCUUCGUUGGUCAGACUGCGUGCCGGUGCUCCGGCCCAAGGUGGAUGGCACACUGAACCUCGCCAGCGCCUGCGAUGCGGCCUUCGGCGCGGGCAAGUGUGCCAUGGUGUGUUUCAGCAGCAUCUUCGGGGUGCUCUCCUACCCCCGGCUGGCGCCGUACGGGGCGGCCAACGGGUUCCAGGACGGCUUCACGGAGCAGCGCGCAGCCCGUUUCCCAGGCAGCGCCCAGACGGUGGCCUGGGGUGCAUGGGCGGAGACGGGCAUGGCCCACCGCGCUGGAGCAGGAUUCCACGCCUUUUGGGCUUCUGAGGGCAUGGGUUUUGUGCCGCCCAAGCAGGGCAUGGAGCUGCUUUGCCGGCUUCUAGCCUCCAAGAGCUGCCUGCCCCGCCAGGUCUGCGUCUUCCCGGCGCCUGGGCCUGGCGGGAGCCCCUGGCCGGCGGGUCUGGCGCGGCAUGUGCUGGCGCGAGACAUUGCGCUGACAGACCAAGCGGCUGAGGCCGUGGCAGUGGAGGGCGGAGCUGAGAACUUGGCGCUGGACAUCCGCGGGGUGGUGGUGGAGGUGCUGGGCACGUUGCUGGGCUGCGAGGCGGAGGAGGUGCCCAUGGAGGAGCCCUUCGCCAGCGCCGGGGUCACCUCCAUGAUGGCGGUGGACCUCACCUCGCGGGUGGGCAAGGCUCUGUCCAUCGCACUCCCAGCGACCUUGGCAUUCGAGGUCGUGAGCGCUGAGCAACUCUGCGCCUCGCUGGAGGCGCGCCUCAAGCCCAAGGCCAAGGAGGAGGUAGUUGUGGUGGGAGGUGUGAUGCAGAAAGCGGUGGCGGUGCAUGUGGUCGGUGCCUCCUGUAGCCUUCCAGGUGGGCGCCUGGGUACCACUACGGACGUGCAGCAGAUGUGGCAGCGCCUGGCGCAGGGCGCAGACUGCAUCCGCCUGCCGCCGCAGGGCCGGCCCGUGGCGGCGCCCCGGGACCACAGCCCCGCCUUCCAGACCCUGGGCUUUUCGGAAGCAGGCUAUUUGGAUGCCGAGUCCAUCACCUGCUUCGACCCCCCGGCCUUCGGCAUGAGCCAGUCGGAGGCGGAGAUUUUGGACCCGCAGCAGCGGCUCUGCGCCAAGGCGGCCUGGGAGGCCAUGGAGGACGCGUCGGUGGCGAAGGCGCGGGGCGCCCCGAUUGGUGUCUACGUUGGUGUCACCACAGUAGACUUCACAGACAUUGUCAUCAAGGAAGCUGGGCCGCCAUCUGCAUACACCGGGCCUGCACUAACCACGGCCAUUUGCUCCAAUCGCGUAUCCUACGUUUUCGACCUGCAGGGGCCGUCCGCAUCUGUGGACACGGCCUGUUCCUCCUCGCUGGUUUGCUGCAACAUGGCCAUGGCAGCCCUGCGGGGCAGCGUUUGCACGGGUGCACUGGUCAUGGGAGUCAAUGUCCAAGUGAACCCAUAUUGGACGGAGGCCUUCGCCGAAGCUGGCAUGCUUUCACCUACUGGGCGCUGCCGCUUCGGAGAUGACCGUGCAGAUGGCUACGUGAGAGGAGAGGGCAGCAGCUGCCUGAUGCUGUCCGAGGAGAGUGCUUACAGCCGAGGCUUGCAGAAGGCGGCGCCCUAUGCUGCACUGAAAGGCACCUAUUCGAACCAGGACGGCCGGUCCAAUGGCCUCACGGCGCCAAAUCCGAUGUCCCAAGCAUCCUUGCUGACUGCUGCUUGGAUGGACGCAGGCCUGGAUGUGGCCCAGGCCUCCUACGCGGAAGCCCACGGGACCGGCACGUCGCUGGGGGAUCCCAUCGAGAUCGUGGCCCUGGGCCGGGCCCUUCGGGGCAGGCAGCAGGGCCAGGCGGACCCCAACCUGGCCCACCUGCCAGCGCUCCGGACCACCAGCUUCAAGUCCAACAUCGGGCACCUGGAGUGCGGCGCGGGCAGCGCGUCCAUGGCCAAGCUGGUGCUGGUGCUGCGCAAGGCCUUCAUCCCCCCUUCCCUGCACCUCAAGGUGCUCAAUCGCCACAUCCUUUGGGAGGAUGUGGGUGUCCGGGUGGUGACCGAGUGUGAGUCCUUGCGCGAAGGAAGCAGCAUCUCUUCGGAGCCAGUGUCUGGCUGCGUGAGUGGCUUCGGCUUCGGAGGCUCCAACGCGAAUGCGGUCAUGAGUGCCUUGCCGGAGGGGGAGCCGCGCUCCUCCCGCCGCACAGUGGUGGUCCCCAUCACCUCGAGCAGCAAGUCGAUUUCGGCCACAGCCGACCGCUUGCAGGCCUGGGUUGAGACACAGAUGGCCGCGGAUGGCAAGAGGACACCCCUGCUUGGGAGCUUGGAGGCGCUGUCCCGCUCCGCCGGCCUCCGGGCCACCCGGCCCGCACAGGGCGGGGGAGGCGGCGCGGCCAAGGUGGCGCUGGUGGCCGGCAGCUGGGCGGAGCUGCGGGCGAAGCUGCAGAAGCUGAGGCCGCGGGAGGUGGCCUCCGCGCGCCCGAGGCUGGCGCUGGUGCUGUCCAGCGCGGAGUGCGGCAGCGCCUUCGCAGCACUUCGGCUGCUUCAGGCCAUGGCGCGGCCAGAUGCCUGGUGCAGCUUCCAAGGGAAACUGGCUGAGCUGAGAGGCGAGCUCCAGAGCACGGAGGGCGCUGCCCUGGCAGCGCUGGUGGGCGCGGGGGCAGCGCUGGUGGAGGACCUCGGCGUCCAGGCCACGGUGGUUUGCGGCCACGGGCGCGCCGGGGAGGCGGCGGCACUGGCUGUGGCCGGGGCGCUGCAGCCCCGCGAGGCCCUCCAGGUGGCUUUGGGAGGCGCAAGCGCUUGCGGCAGCUGCUAUUGGCCGCCCGCUUCACCAGUGGCCUUCUCCAGGCUGGGGCUGUUGUCGCAGAAGCCCAGCGAGAAGGACCUCUCCGGUGCCACAUGUGGAGGCUUCCAAGGGUUGGCAUCCGCAGUGCAGAUGCUUCAGUGCGACCUGGUGCUCGAGCUGUGCAUCGGCGCCCCAGUGGUUGCAGGCUCGAAGGUCUCCGUGCCAACGGUGGCUGCCAGCAUCGGGCCCCCGCUGGACGGCCGCAUCGUCUCCAGCGACGUCGCGGAGCGCAGCAUCCUCGAGGCCGCCGCGGAGCUCUUUGCGCGGGGGGUGCCCGUGAACUUUGCGGGUCCCAUGGGCACAGGCCCUGUCAGCCGACUCCCUCCGCCAGGCUUGGCACCCAAGGUGUGCUGGCCUUGUGACCCAGCGAUCGGCCAAUGGAGUCGGAAGGACAUCUUCACCGAUGCGUAUCAUGCCCAGUGGGUGCCUGCAAACUCCUCACCUGGCGAAGGGCGGAGCUUUCUCAUUUCUGGAGGCGCUGCGGCAGCGCGGCUGGCUGCAGCGCUGUCAGAGCGCGGCUGCGUUGCAGCGGUGGGCAGCCCCUCCUCCGCCACAUCUGGGGUCGAGUUCGUUUUCGUAUAUGACCAGGCAGGUGGAAGGCCUUUGCAGCCAACUCUUGCGGCGGCACGCGCGGCGCCUCACAGCAUGUUGCAGUGGCUCCGCAGCCUGCCAAAGAGUGCCAACAAGGCGGCUGUACUUACGGUCGGUGCGCACUCUGCAGAGCAAGACCUGCGUGCUGUGCCUGCUGCCGCGAUUUGGGGAGCUGCCCGGUCAGCAAGGCAGGAGCUGAGCGACUGCAGGCUGCGAUGCAUUGAUUUGGAGCCAUCUACUGCUGAUCCCUAUGCUUGCUUUGCCGACGAGCUCACCCAUGAGGAAGCCAGAGACGUUUUGCUUGAAGGAUCCCAGCGCCGCGUUCGAGUGCUGCAGAGUUUGCAGCUGCCCUUGUUGCAUACACCGGCCCAGCGCUUCUCGCCCGCUUUCGGAGUUACUGGGGGCACAGGAGCUUUGGGGCUCAUCCUGUCAGAGUGGCUUGCCGGCCAAGGCACCAAGGCUUUGGUCUUGGCUUCUCGCAGCGGCAAGAUUCCGGAUGAAAACAAGAGCCUGUGGGAGAAUCUGUGCAAGUUGCAGGUCUCGGUGGAGCUGUGCCAAUGCGACGUGAGCUCCGACCCCUCGGCCUUCAUUCAGCUCCUGAAGUCUGCUGGCUCCCCCUUCGGCUUGGCGCAUCUGGCAGGGGUUCUGCAUGAUGGCAUGUUCCAGCGCCAGGAUUUGGACGUUUUGGACCGCACCAUGCGGCCCAAGGUGGAUGGCGCCGCGCAGCUGGUCGAAGCCUUGCGCGCCCUUGGCGGCGCGCCCCUGGAGUUUCUGUGGCUCUUCUCCUCAGUGACGAGCUGCAUGGGCACCUUGGGCCAGAGCGCCUACGGCGCCGCCAACUCGGCGCUGGACGCCAUGGGCGUGGCCUGGCACCAGGGCCACGUGCUGGGGCCCUCUGCGGGCACCACGCGGGUGCUGCAGUGGGGGCCUUGGGCGGACUUUGGUAUGGCCGCCGGCCUGCCGGAGGGGAGCACCUCUAUCUACAGGCCCUGGCACGGGCACCAGGCCAUGCUGGCCCUGGAGGCAACGCUGACAGCCCGGACGCCGGUGGCAUGCCUUGCGCGCUUUGACUGGCAGCAGGUGAUGCAAGAUUUCGCGCACAGCUCCUACUACAAGGGCUUUUUGCAGGAGUUCACGCAGGAAAGCACAAACCAAAGGAGUGUCACCCCCCUGGCCCCGGUAAGUGGUGCAAACGUGAAGAAUACCAUUGUGCACACCCUGCAGCGCUUUUUGCCGAAUGGGACAGAGGGCCUUUCAGAUGAUGCGGAGUUUGACGAGCUGGGACUUGAUUCGCUGUCUGGUGUGGAGGCAUCGCGGGCAUUGGCAGCCGCGCUUGGCCCUUUGGGCAUCACAGGAAUCAAGCCGACCUUCCUAUUCGAAGCGAACUGCUUGAAUAGCGUGAUUGCAAAGUUGCCAGCUCCAAAAGCAGUGUCGCAGCAAAGUGCAAUGCAAUCUGGUUCAGAUGCACUGGCCAAGCACGCAUCCCCGGCUGAGGUGAAAAAGACAGUGAUUGAAACACUGAGCCGCUACCUCCCAAAUGGGACAGAGGGCCUUUCAGAUGAUGCGGAGUUUGACGAGCUGGGACUGGAUUCGCUGUCUGGUGUGGAGGCAUCGCGGGCAUUGGCAGCCGCGCUUGGCCCUUUGGGCAUCACAGGAAUCAAGCCGACCUUCCUAUUCGAAGCCAAUUGCUUGAAUAGCGUGAUUACAAAGUUGCCAGCUCCAAAAGCAGUGUCGCAGCAAAGUGCAAUGCAAUCUGGUUCAGAUGCACUGGCCAAGCAAGCAUCCCCGGAUGAGGUGAAAAAGACAGUGAUUGAAACACUGAGCCGCUACCUCCCAAAUGGGGCGGAGGGCCUUUCAGAUAAUGCGGAGUUUGACGAGCUGGGACUGGAUUCGCUGUCUGGUGUGGAGGCAUCGCGGGCAUUGGCAGCCGCGCUUGGCCCUCUGGGCAUCACAGGAAUCAAGCCGACCUUCCUGUUUGAAGCAAGCUGUGUGAGAUCAGUCUUUACCAAGGCGAUGGAGUCCAUGUCGGUGGUGAAGACCUUCACGGAGAAGAUGCCGCAGACGCAGAUGGGCAACCAGCUGGCACUCCAGGUGGACUUCCACUCGGUGGGCGAGGUGUCCGGGUCUACGCGGAUGCUGAUGGCCGCGGUUGCGACUUCCUUGGCGUGGUUCCUGCGGCUGCUGGGGUGGCUGCCCUUCCUGGGGUUGCUGCUGGGGCUGAUGAGGCCGCAGGAGAUGGUGAGCGGGCUGGACACCGCCUUGCUCUUCUACAUGCUCUUCAUCCUGGCCACGGUCAUGCAGUUCUACCUGGCGCUGCUGACUCUUUGGGUGGCCAAGAACCUGUUUCUGGGAAGGGUGAAGGAGGGCCUCUGGCCUACGUGGGGCUGGAAGAUGGCCUGCCUGAAGGGCAUCCGAAGCUACGAGGAGAGCGUCUUCCAAUCUUUGUUUGUGAGGUGCUUCGAGCGCACCGAGAUUCCGAACAUCAUUUGGCGCCUGCUGGGCACACAGGUGGGCCGGGGCGCCUAUAUCUCACAAUCGGAUGACCCGCCCUUGAUGGCCUGGGACAUGAUGAGCAUCGGGGAGAAUGCCAUCCUUGAUGGGACCAAUGUCUUGGACGCCAGCCGCACCUUCCACAUGAACCAGCGCUUGUCCAUUGGAAACGAUGCAGUUAUUUGCGCCAAUGCCAUCAUCAAGGGCGGCGCCACCGUGGGUGACGGCGCGGUGGUGUUGCCGAACACGACCCUUGCAGGCGCCCUGGGCUCGCGGGAGGUCUAUGACGGCGGCGUGGGGAGCACGGGCCAUCUGAGGGCUCACGAUCUGGAGGCCGAGCGGUGCCUCUCUUUGCCUCGGCGCACACCCCUGGGUCUGGCCGCAUCCCUGGUGGUUUUCCCUUUCCUUUGCUGGCUGCGGGUGCUCAGCAUGUGGCCCUUCAUUGUGGACAUUGCCUUCCUGGCGGGGAGGUACUUGCCGUUGGUGUUGGGGGGGCGCCAGCCCUCAGAGGGGGACGUGUCCUCGACUCUGCUGCUGUUCCCGGCCAUCUGCGUGCUGUCCACCUUGAUCUACGAGCUCCUGGUGGUGGGCGCCGCGGUGGCCGCCAAGUGGAUGUUGCUGGGGCGCCUCAGGGAAGGCCGCAGAGACGUGGGCAAUUUGUUCCUCUUCCGCUUCGAGAUCUGCUUCAACCUCACCACCCACGCGGCGCAAGUUAUGAGGAGCACGGCCCAAACUGUGGCCAACAAUGCGUUCAUCAAGGCGAUGGGUGGCAACGUGUCCUGGAGUUGGAUGCCAUCUCCGCUGAAUGCUGCGGCAUACUUGUCAGCCGACCUUGUCACUAUUGAGCCCGAUGCCUUCACAGCCAGCAAGACCAUGCUCAAUUGCAUCAUGCUGAGCCCGAGUGAUGGCAAGUUGCCAGGGGUGUCGCCAGUAGCUAGCGGAUGGCAGCUAUGCUGCCACAGGAUCCAUUUGGGGGCCCGGUCCUUUGUGGGGCCCAUGACGAUGGUCACUCCCGGCGCCGCGCUGGGGGAGGGCAGCGCCACGAUGGAUCAGACCUUUGUGCCCCCCGGAAUGCUGGUGCCCAGCUGGCGCACGCUGAUGGGCACCAGCGUGGACGGCAGAUUCAUGGUGAAGCGCAAGCAGGAUGAGAGACUCCCGCAUGGUGCGUUCCCCUACGCAUUGUCAGUCUUCCUGAACAGCCUGGCUGGACGUGUCGUGCGCCUAUGGCUGAACUUCGCCAUUCCAGCCGUCAGCAUGGUGGCUAUUCGGUGGCACUGGGGCACUGCUAUUGCGCCGUCUCUGGGCAUGCUUCUGGUAAGCGACACCACGUCCCUUAGUGCCGCAAAGCUCAGCACCGAUCUGGAACAGCUUCUUACAUUUUCUCUGCAGUGGGUUGGCUUGAUGCUGAUUUUAGAUACAAUUGGUCACAGCCUGUUGUUUGUCCUUUCCAAGCACCUGGUGCUUGGGCGCGUAACAGAGUCCAGCGGUGGCCAGCUGCGAGGCUGGGGCAACCUGAGAUGGGUCUCCACCGUGACGAUCACCGCCUUUAGCAUGCUCUCCGUGAAGCUUUUUACUCACACGCCCUUGAUGUGCUGGCUGGCGAAGGCAGCCGGUGCCCGUGUGGGCAAGGGCUGCUACAUCAACUACCGCGCUCUGCUGACAUGUCCGGAACAGGACAUGAUCACUCUUGGCGACAACGUUUUCAUAGGAGGCGCGUUCUAUGCCCACGAGUUCGGGGCCUCGAACUUGGUGUUUAAGGCGGUGAAGGUGGGCGAUGGCGCCCACACCGGCGGCCGCGCCGUGCUGACCCCGGGCUCCCGGGUGCCUGCGGGAGCCAUCAGCUUGGAGGGCGCCCUGGUGAUCCCUGGCAGCACCGACCCCAAGUCCGAGAAGAAGCAGUACCUCAGCGGAAACCCCGCUGUGGCCGAGACCACUCCCUUUGAUGGCCUGCUGGAAGUGAACGGCCGACAUCUCUGAAAUGCCUCUCGCUGCUCUCAGAAGUGAAAUCGCUUCUCGGAGGCAGUGCGAUGAUGCAGUGCGUAGUGAUCUUCGUGUGUGGUUGGGUCGCAGUGGACA